GCAGGCGCCCAUGAUUCGGCUGGUGGAGAGCAUCGAAUCAGGUCCCGAGGCUUUGGUGCGCCUUACGAUUCCAGAUGGCCAGGCGCCGGGCUCAUUGCCGGAAGGCUGCUACGUGGAGUUCUCGGACGUGCAGGGCUGCGCCGGGAUCUCCUCUCACCAGGAGGUGUCGCCCUGUGGGGAGAAGGUGACGGCCUGGAAGAUCAGUUCCAAGCCCAGCGACCCAGUGAACUCAAUUCGGAUCGGCGACACCUCCGGCUUCCCGCCGCAUAUCUCGGGGGGCCUGGUCACUGAGAAGAAGG